ACGUUCCAUCAGCCAAUCAGCGCUCAGCCUCACCUCAGCGCACUGGAGCUCCGCGCGGUGUCAUCGUAAACUGUAGGCUAUUCAUCAGUACAUCUACGCUACGCUUCAGCUGACGCGCCCAGCCGCACCAUACUCGCCUAAGAAAAUGACUUUGAAGGCUGAAUUUGAGCAAUAUGCAGAGGAUGUAAAGAAAGUGAAGACCAGACCUAAUGACCAGGAGCUGCGGGAUUUGUAUGGCUUCUACAAGCAAGCUAUCAUUGGGGACAUUAAUAUCGAUAAACCUGGAAUACUGGAUAUGAAAGGGAAAGCCAAAUGGGAGGCAUGGAAUUUAAGGAAAGGUAUGUCAAAUGAGGAUGCCAUGAAUGCCUACAUUUCGCUGGCCAAGGAAGUUAUUGAAAAGUAUGGAAUGUGAUGGGGGAAAACAUCUUAGUUUUACAUAUUAUAAAAGUUAAUUAACUAUUAAAAAGCUGCAAGAUUUAAACAAUGAAGUAGUUUUUUAUUUCAUCUUUUUUAUGUAAUACAAAUUAUCAGAUUAAAAGAUAGGUAGUGAUACCACCUGAUAAUCUCAUUGAUAUCUCAUUACCAAUCAGAUGAGACUUAAAGAUGUAAGCAUAAUCGUUGUUUUAUAUAUAUAUAUAAAAAUGAGUCAUUGAAUAAAGCUGUCAAAUAUCA